UUUAUUCCACUGAGCUCAUCCGGUGCUAUAAAAGUGGCCACGAGUCGGUACAGUAGACGAGAGUCCAUCUUGGAAAGCGGCUUUUCAGCGCCAAUAUUUUUACAGCGAUCCAAAUCUACUAAAAUGGCCGACGAGCAACAGUUCAUGGAGACCUCCGAGAACGGGAAUGAGGAGAACCUGAACAGAGGAGAGGCCGCGGGGGAGAACGGAUCCGGCGAGGGUCUGCAGAUCGACGCCAGCAAGUGCGAGGAAGAUGCCGGUAAAAUGUUUGUUGGAGGACUCAGCUGGGACACCAGUAAGAAAGACCUAAAGGACUACUUCUCGAAGUUUGGUGAGGUGAUGGACUGUACCAUCAAGAUGGAUUCAAACACCGGUCGGUCACGAGGGUUUGGCUUCAUCUUGUUCAAAGAAUCAGAAAGCGUGGACCGGGUGCUGCAGCAGAAGGAACACAGGCUAGAUGGCCGACAGAUCGAUCCUAAGAGAGCCAUGGCCAUAAAGAAAGAGCCUGUCAAGAAGAUCUUUGUUGGUGGCCUUAACCCUGAAACCACAGAAGAGAAGAUCCGUGAAUACUUUGGGUCCUUCGGAGAGAUCGAAACUAUUGAACUUCCAACGGAUCCCAAGACCAGCAAACGGAGGGGGUUCGUUUUCAUCACAUUCAAGGAAGAGUUUGCGGUCAAGAAGAUUCUGGAGAAGAAAUACCAUAAUGUUUGUGGAAGCAAGUGUGAGAUCAAAAUCGCUCAGCCAAAGGAGAUCUACCAGCAGCAGCAGUUCGGGGCCCGUGGUGGAGGAUUCGGGGGCCGUGGCAGGGGGCGUGGAGCUCCAGGCCAGAACUGGAACCAGGGCUAUAACAACUACUGGAAUCAGGGUUAUGGUGGUCAGGGCUACGGAUACGGUGGCCAGCAGGGCUAUGGAGGAUAUGGCAACUAUGAUUAUUCCUCUGGAUACUAUGGAUAUGGCAGUGGUUAUGACUACACUGACCAAGGAGCUGCAAGCUAUGGAAAGACACCCAGACGUGGAGGCCACCAGAGUGGCUACAAGCCAUACUGAACACACACAACAGAACUGAAGUAUUCCCAAAAAGCAGAGUCUGACCACGACGCCGACAACCGUUCACACAAAAACACAGACUCUUUCCUUUAACUGGAUGAGACAUGACCCAUUUGUACAGAACAGCUGAAUAGGGGAAGCAGCGUCACACUUUUAUUUUAAUUUUAUUUUCCUUUUGUCCACAUUUCCAGUGAUGGAAGUGUAAUUUUUACUGUACUUUUUGGUACCUUUUUUGAAUAAUGUUAUUGUAUGGUUGUAUUUUACAUGUCUACUGGAUUUGCCACAUUGAGGUUCGGGAGCUGCCAGAGCUUUUGAAAUAAAACGAUUUUGAGUAAA